UAUUAAAAUGUGAAAUUAAAUCAAAUGAAUAUUUAGAUAUUGGAUUAUGUGGUAUCUUUAAAUUAUUUCAAUACGAUUCAAAUGAUAGAGAAUUAAUAAUUUCAGAAAUUACAAAAUUAUUAAUUAAUCAUAGAUUAUCAGAUUUAUCAAGAAUGAAUUUAUUAUAUGAUUUUAAAAAUUAUAUGAAUAAUAUUUUUGUUAAAAAUAAUGAAUAUUAUAGAGAAAUGUUAAAUUUUAUAAUUAAAUUUCAUCAAAUAAAUAAUAAUAAUAAUAAUAAUAAUAAUAAUAAUAAUAAUAAUAAUAAUAAUAAUAAUAAUAAUAAAAUUACAAGUUAUACUUUAAUUGAAUAUAAUAUUGAUUAUACGUAUUCUUAUAAUUUUACAAGUUUUAUUGAAGAUUAUAAAAAUUUAAAUUUAAAUCAAAAUAAAAUUGCUGGUGAACCAAUUUUAAUUGAUUUAAACUUUUUAUUUAGAUAUAAUUUUGAUAAAGAAUUAAAUCAAAUUUUAGAUUUAUUAAAUUAUAAAAAAUCAUCAUUUACAAGAUUAAAUUCAGAAAUUGAUAAUAUUUUAUUAAAUAAUUCACCACCAUCAUCAUCAUUAUCAUCAUCAUUAUCAAAUUUAGCAUUAAAAUCAGUUGAAUAUAUUUAUUCAUUCAAAAACAAUAAUAAUAAUAAUAAUAAUAAUAAUAAUAAUAAUAAUGAAAAUUUUAAUAAAGUUGAAGAAUUACAUAAACUAUUUUCAAAAGAGAAUUAUUAUAUUAGUUAUUUAAAUAAAUAUGAUAAAAUAAUUGAACAGUUAAUGACUGAUACUGAAAAAAUAUCAAAUGCAUUAUAUUAUUCAUUAUCAACAUUUAAUUCAAAUAUUUUUAAAAUAAUUUUAAAUAAAGUUAGAUAUGAUAGAUAUGGAGUUAAUCAAAUCAUUUAUAAAUCAAAUCAUCAAUAUUACACAUACUUAAAACCGAUUAAUAAAGAUUUAGAAUCAACUUAUGAAUUUAUAAAAAUUAUUACAUCACUUGAUGGUGUAGAUAGUGUAUUAUUUUCAACUUCAGAAAUUAAUAGAAAGAUAUACACAUUUAUAAACUCAUUAAAAUAUGAUGAUGAUGAUGAUGAAAAUCUAUAUAAAAAAGCAAUUUCGUCAAUUCCAGCAGAUAAUAAAGUUUUUAAAAAUUUAUUUCCAUUGAAAAGAAAUGAUAGAUUAAUGGAUAUAAAUAAUUAUAGCUCAUUGGGUGCAUUUUUAAUACAUGAUAAUGAUACGGUUGAUUGGAUUGUACAAACUGAGAAAUCAGGUCCCUUUUCAAAUAAUAUUUCAUAUAUUAGUUCAAUUCAUUCAAUUAGAUAUACAUCAUAUAAGGUUGUUGAUUAUGCAAGAGAGAUAUUCAAAAAUUCAAAUUCAUCAUUACAAUUUUCAAAAUCAUUUUUUUAUACUGAUCAAGAGUAUGAAUAUCCAUUAAUAGUUGCAUUUCAUAAAUGUGAUAUUGAAACAAUUGAUUAUAUUUUAACAAAAACUAAAAUGUCUUCAACCGAUUAUCUUUGGAAAGAUUAUGAUUUUAAAUUAAGAUUAGAUGAAAGGUUAUCAAAAAUUGAUGGUAUCGAAACACCAUUGACAAUUAACCAAUUAAUAACACUUUCAAAUUAUUUAAAAAGUAUAAAUUAUAAAAAUAUACCAUCACGAUUAAUGUCAGUUUUUUAUGAAAAUGUUUUUAAUUUAAUUGAAAAUGGUGAAUCAAGUGAUAUUGUUAUAAAUGGAAACGAUAAUGGUACUAUUGAUUUCAAUUAUUUAAUUGAAAAUACAAUAAUAUAUUCAGAAAUUUUUAAAAAUUCAAUAGAGAAUGUCUGUUUAAAUAAAAUUAAAUUCAUUUUAAAUUUAAUACCAACGGAAUUAUUAUUUAAUAAAAUCAAUUUAUAUUUUAGUUUUCCAAUGUUUCAAGCAUCACAUAAUGAUAAAAAGCCACCUACACUUUUACAAAUGAAACAAACUGAUGGUUUAAUUGAUAAUUUAGAGAAAUGUUUAAAUAUUUUCAUUGAAUUAUUAAAUUCAAUUGAUAAAAAUCAAGAUGACUCAACAACCACAACCACAAAAACACAAUACAUUAAUUCAAUUUUAAAUAUCAUUAAUACUCUAUACGAUGUUUUAUUAAGAAUUGAAAAUGUAUCAAUUGAAACAAUUAAAUAUUUUAAUAAGUUAAUUAGUACAACAUCUUCAAAAAAUCAUCAUCAUCAUCAUCAAAUUGUAUUAAAAGAUACUUUAUAUAGAUCAUUUUAUUAUUUAAUUUCAAUUUCACCAAUUAUUACUAAAUAUUUAAUUGAUUUACCAUAUAUUCAAACGAUUUUUGAUUAUCAACAAAUGUCAUAUUAUCAUAGUGGUUGUUAUUCACCAGAGGAUGGUAAAUUUUAUGAUAUUUCAUCAUACUUGAAUCCAAAAUUAUUUUCAUUUAAUUAUUUAUUUUCAAGUGGUUUAUCAAUUGAUGAUAUUUUAGAAAAAUUAAUUGAAAAAUUAUCUCAUUCAUAUUCAUUUCAAUAUAAACAAAAUAAUAUUAAUUAUGGUGAUAAUGGUAAUGAUGAUGAUGAUGAUGAUGAUAAUGAAGAAAAUGAAGAAAAUGAAGAAAAUCAAGAAAUCCAAAAUAAUAUUGGUGAAGAAAUAGGUAGUAAUUAUGAAUAUUUAGCUAAACCAUUAAAUUCAGAUUUAGAAUUUUGUUUACAAAUUAGAAGAGUUGAUUUAUUUUUUAAACAAUUAGAUAUUAUUCAAUCAAAAUUAAACAUUUAUAGUGGUGAUGGUAGUGAUGAUCAAAGUUCAGAAUUUUUAAAAAGAUUUAAUGUAGUUAUAAAUAAUGAAAUUCAGUUUUCAAUGGAUUGUUGUGACCAUUUAAAAUCUAUAAAUAAAAAUUCAAAGAUUGGUUUAUUUAAAUUUAGUGAAACUUUAUUUAUUUUAGCAUGUAAAGUAUUAGAUGAAGAAGAGUUUAAUAAAUUUGCACAAUUUGGUUCAUAUGCAUCAAUUAUUGAUAUUUUACCUAAGAAAUUAUCAAAUAAUAGUUUAGAUUACCUUUUAAAACAUUCAAAUACAAUUAAUCAUAUAAUUUCAAAUCAUUUAAAAAAAUAA